GUGUCCUGUGGCGACUCAUCUUGACGUGUAAACACUCUCUGAUGAAGCUAAGUUAGCGAGUAGCUCCCGUGUUCAGCUCCACCUCUCUGCUUUCCUCUCUGCUCACCGAGCCUCAACCAUCUGUGUCCUGUCGGUGUGUGUGAACAUGGAGGAGCCGUGCUGUGCGUCCUGUGUGCGGCCGCUGGUGUCUACAGAGCUCUCCUCCUCCUCCCCCCCACAGGUCUCCUCUCGUUAGCAUCCUCACCGUCCAGCAGCAGUGAUGCACAGGGAGGGGGACGAGGCGCAGGACGACUGCGGCUCCCGGGAGGAGUGGACCCUGCUCUUCUGGACCUCUCUGGCCGUCAUCGUCCCGGUCGUCAUCACGCUGUGGUGCAGCACCCAGCGCUCCAAGCGGAGGACGCACAUGAAGGAUUUCUUCCGCAAGAGCAAGCACGGCUGGCACUACACCGACCUGUUCACCAAGCCCACCUACUGCUGCGUCUGCUCCCAGCACAUCCUGCACGGGGCUUUCUGCGACUGCUGCGGCGUGUGCGCCGACGACCAGUGCCUGCGCCGGGCCGACCGGAGCCUGCCCUGCAAGGAGAUCAUGGGCCCCUGCAGCCCCGACGGAGCCAUGGAGCACCGCUGGGUCCGCGGAAAUGUGCCCCUCGCCAGUUACUGUGCUGCGUGCAAACAGCAGUGUGGAACCCAGCCGAAGCUCUGCGACUUCAGGUGUGUGUGGUGUCAGACCACGGUGCACGACGACUGCAUGGACAGCCUGGCGGAGACAGACCUGUGUGACCUGGGCGAGUUUCACAGCCUGAUCAUCCCUCCUCACUACCUCCUCUGUGUCAACAAACUCCGCCGCAGGCAGCCCGAGGAGUACAGCAAGCUGGCGUCUUCCUGCGGCAGUGGCUGGACUCCAGUGUUGGUCUUGGCUAACACACGUAGCGGUAACAACAUGGGGGAAGCUCUGCUGGGAGAAUUUCGCUCCAUCCUUAACCCAGUGCAGGUGUUUGACCUUUCUGAGCUGAGUCCUUCUAAAGCCCUCCAGUUGUGCACCCUACUGCCCCCCGGCAGCGUCCGGGUGCUGGUGGCUGGAGGUGAUGGCACGGUGGGCUGGGUGCUGGAUGCCAUCGAUACCAUGAAGCUAAAGGGCCAAGACCAGUUUGUCCCAAGGGUGACCAUCCUGCCCCUGGGGACAGGAAAUGACCUUUCCAACACUCUGGGCUGGGGCGCUGGGUAUGCUGGAGAGAUUCCGGUGGAACAGGUUCUCCGUAACAUCCUUGAUGCGGAGGUGGUCAAAAUGGACAGAUGGAAAGUGCAGGUGGCUUCAAAAGUCCUCUAUUUUCGUAAACCAAAGGUUCUGUCCAUGAACAACUACUUCUCUGUGGGGCCCGACGCUCUGAUGGCUCUAAACUUUCACACACACCGGGAGAAAACACCGUCCUUCUUCUCCAGCCGCAUCAUCAACAAGGCCGUAUAUUUCCUGUACGGCACCAAAGAUUGUUUAGUGCAGGAAUGUAAGGAUCUGGAUAAGAGGAUUGAGUUGGAGCUGGAUGGGGAGAGGGUGGCGCUGCCCAGUCUGGAGGGCAUCAUAGUCUGUAACAUUGGCUACUGGGGUGGAGGCUGCAGACUCUGGGAGGGUAUGGGGGAUGAACCCUGCCCACCCACAAGAUUGGAUGAUGGCCUGCUGGAGGUGGUGGGUGUCUUUGGCUCCUUCCAUUGUGCUCAGAUCCAGGUCAAGCUGGCCAACCCUGUGCGGCUGGGACAAGCCCACACUGUCAGGCUGGUUCUCAAGAGCUCCAAGAUGCCCAUGCAGGUGGAUGGAGAGCCUUGGGCCCAGGGCCCCUGCACCAUCACCAUCACCCAUAAGACCCAGGCCCUCAUGCUGUAUCACAGCAGCGAGCAGACGGACGAUGACGACGACGAAUCCAGCACCUCCGAGGCAGAGAGCCCCACCCCUCACGACUCGCCCCGGCCUACAGGGCCAGCCUCCGCUCGUGCAUGACCCACACCGAACCUCACGUGAUCUGAAGCUCUUCUUAUCUUAAGUUUUUGUCUUCUGUCUUCAGCCCAGUUUGUAUUAAUCCCUCUUCUGCAAGGGCACUUGAUUGACCCCCUCUAAGAUCUUUGAAAAAGCUUUAUCCUCGAAUCAUGUCGAUGAGAAUAGAUGUUGUAAGUUUCCUGUGUCGUCAUUUCCGAUCUUUUCAGAGAGAUUGCAGGUUUUUGAAAGAUUUCUUUGUAAGUGGGCUGGUGCGAGUUAUUUUUCAGUUCCAUCCACACUCCAUUUAUCCUGUAACCCAGAGCUCAGGCAGUUCCUCUCCACAGGGGCAGUCAGUAGGAGGUGAAUGUUACGGAGAAAGAUUGCCAUUUAUUUGCACUGAUCCCUUGUGCCAUAGAUAUGUAUAGUCAGCUAUACUCUAUUUAUUAUACUGUAUUUACCAUUGAAUGCCCAGUGCAGUACUGCAGGUAUCAGUAAGCCAUUUUUAACAACUUAUCCAGGUUGAAUUGACAAAUCCCCCUCAAAGCCAUGUCUAAUUCAUCAGCAGCUGGUGGUCAUAUAGGAGACAGCAGUACUGUUAUGUGGAGGAUUUGCUGGAAGUAGCCUACAUGCAAGUUAUUGUACAUUAAUCAUAUUUUGUUACACAAAAAAAGCACAAACAACACAGUGUUCUAGUGGGUGAUGAGUAAAACAUCUGUUAAAUUUGACUGACAGUCAAUGUUUUUUAGUGUGUCCUGCAUUUGUCACCCUGGGUAAGGCUUUGAAAUGUGUCUGCAGGAUAAGUUUUUAAAUCCGGAACAAUGGCUCUGUUCCACCUGUAAUGUGUCAAUCACUGGACAUCCAUCUUGGUUUGUUUACUUCAUGAUGCACUGUCUCAAGAAGCUCUCACCAAACUGCUGGAUUACACUUCAGUCUUCAAACUAUAUCUCGCUUACCUGUAAGAGCCACAGCAAACAGGCCGACUUGUUGGGGUUUAUUUUGAAAGUACUGCCAAGUAACUACUGUUCAGAGGAUCCUCUUUGCCUCCAUGUAAAAGCUUCUCCGCCUGUUGACAUACUGUAUUAUGUUUUUAUAUCUGACACUGAUAAAUACCUUACACUGCUUAGAACGUAGGCACAUACAUGAAACCAUACUGCUGACCUUAUGUUUCUGCCGAUAGUGAUAACUGCUGAUGAGAUUAUGCUGUGUCAUGUUGUUUUACAUUAUUCAAGUCACACUCUUGUAUUUCAUUAUUUGUGUUUUUACCAAGUAGUCACCACAAGGUGGUGGGUUAUUAAAAAAAAAUAUAUAGAGAUUAGAGUUGAGUUUUAGAAUCAAACCUUUACGCUUCACUAUUAUUACACUGUUUGUAGGGCUGCACAAUAUAUCUAAAAUUCGCAAUAUCAACAUGCGCGAUAUACGUAUUGCAAAAGACUUGAACUGCGAUAAAUGGUGUUCCAUGUGUUCAUGCGUUCAUGCUCGCUCUCAGACUCAGCUGACGUCUAUGACUCGCUACAGUUUCAUCGUUGAUAGGUUUGAAAUGACCCACAAUAUCAACACUGAUCACCACAUACAGAUCAAUACUUUUCUUCAAUUCGGUUGGCUGUGCGCACAGCGGAUGAUAGAGACACAGAGAGGAGCAGUAAAUUACUGACUGAGCCGUUAACAACUCUAAAUAAUUUUUUUGGACGUUCCAAACAUGUAUGAAAAGACCCCAAAUGAUCCCUGUAAGGACUUAGUGGAGCUGUGCAUGGCUGUGGCCAGCCUGUGCACCCUCUCCCUCGGGCUGUGGAGCCGUAGCCAGGUGGAAUGGAAAUAAUGCUUUUCAUUUUUUUCAGUGUCUGCAUAGGCUAUUCACUGUAUGGGGUCUAUGUUAGCAGCGAACCCAAAGCAGAAAGACUUUUUAUUGCAAGUCAUGUUUUCCUAAUAUCGUGCAGCCCUACUUGUUUGUACUUUUCUGGGUUGUUCACAUGACAUAGCUUUUCUUGUUAAGUUUUAUUGUUGCAUCUGUCCUGUAUUCCACAUAAUGUGUGGUUCAGUUUGUAAAACAGCCGUCCUGUAAGGAAAAUAAUUUUGCCAUUCAAGGUGAUCCUGUUUUUUGCAGAAUGCCUGUUGCUCACAGCCAUAUGAGAAAUGUUUCAGUAUAAUUUUUGUUUGUGUUUCUCAAGAACCUGGAGCCAACCUGCUGCUCAUUGGGCUGAACAGGGAUCAGUUAUUAGCCGCGUGAUGCCUAUGCUUUUGGAAUAUGCACCUCUUUAGCAGGUAACCAAGUCCUGGUUCAUCCCCCUCAGUUUGUUUGGUGAAUGUCUUCUCGCUCACAGACACCAGUUGGACCUCUUACCUGAUCAUCCAUGUUUACCAGACAUGCUUGUGAUGUGUUAUGUUGCUCAAAUGUAACUGGGGUUUAUUGGCAGGUUUUUAGCCACACCAGCAGCAUGGCUCUAGCUGGAAACACUGUUUUAGAGUGAAAUAUCGCAAUAACUGCAGGACCAAGAGUGAGCACUAAUAUCUAUACUUAAAUUCAAACAAUCUGGAUGUAAGUAUAGAUAUUGGUGGUCCUUGGAAAUCGAAUCCUUAUGAUGUUUGAUUUUUCUUUUCAAACACUUUUCAAACACGGUUCACGAUACUUCAGAACUACUAUCCACAUUUCUCAGUCUCAGCUGUAGUGUGACACUGAUGCUAGAUAGCAUACUAACAAUGCUAAAUAUUAGCAUAGUACAUCCAUACUUUGCACAUGUCACAUGACACACGUGACAGCGACAUGCUAAUCGUCCAGCUUUCAGCUCAAAUCAGAGUUGGGCCUAAAUACUGUGGUUCAUAAAGUACAGCUUAAAAUUGCGGGUAUAAUUUAUGAUUUUUGUGUAAUGUGAAAUGGGUUGUAAUGGUUAUUAACCUGAAUAGAAUUAUCGCUAACUUUAAAGUUCCCCUCAGAUUUAUAGAGAGCUUUAUUAUCCUUCCCACAAUUUAGCUGUUUUGGUUAAAUCUCACCACUCUCAAUAAUCUUUUGUUUCCAGCAGCAGCAGACGCUGUUGUACAUAAAAAAGCUCUGAUACACCCGCUGUACACCCAUGCCUCAAACACAGAGUAGCUGGUCAGCGCCUGGCUUUGUGCGAGCUCAGUAGCUAAAGAGCAAGGAGGUGGUGGAGACCAAAACAUAGUUAAAGUGUGGUGGAUAUUUGUUAGAUAUCCAGAAACGGGACUUCAAAUCAUUGCCAAUACCACUGAUAGUGCACAUGCUCUUUGUUUGCUAACAUAUUUUCAUAUCACCUUUAAUGUGUGUGGAGUAGGAAGCCAAUAGAACAACUGAACAACACAGCUUUGAGCUGAUGAAUGAUGACCCUUUUGGAUUUAAGUAAUAACAUGGCCUUCUCUCUGGCACUGGCAGAAUUUAUUAGCAGCAACAUCAACAGCACCAUCCAACACAUGUGUUUUCUGAUCCAUAAUGAUGACACCAAGGGUUGCUAGUGUGGCUAAUAACUGUCUGUUUAAUAUUAUUUGUUAAAACUCAGUAAAACUGUGUCAUAUACAGUUGGGCUUCUGCAUUCAAAAGUCAGUUGUUACUCAUAUUUUGCUUUGUUGUGCAUAGCAAAAUGUGUUCAUUAUUGUUAAAAGCUUUGUGCAUGAUUUAGGGGGAUCUAUUGGCUGAAAUGAAAUAUAACAUUCACAACUAUGUUUUCUGUAGUGUAAAAAUCCCCUGAAAGAAAUUGUUGCCUAUGCCCUCACCAAUAGAUGCCACUAAAUCCUGCUCUAUGAACCUUUAAAUAUUUGAAUGUUUACUUUGUUACUGUCAAAAUAUCUAAAAUAAGAGAAUCUACAGUCUGAUGAGAAUGUGUAGAAAACAUUUCAUGAUUUCAUAUGUUCUAUGACAUGGUCUUAAGAAGCGUGAUGUGGCCUCUACUAAACACAGAUGAAAAUCCAGAGACACUGUCUGGGAAAUGAGAAGCUUUUAUUGGUAACAAUCGUGUCAAUCCAGCUGUUUACAAAGAUGGUAUAAGAGGGUUUACUGAAUUUGCUAAAUCACAGAUUUUGAACUGAAUGUAAUGAAGCAGUCUUUUGAGUUUGAAGACAUUCUCUUAAAUAUUUUCAUAUAUAAGCCAUGUGUGUCUGUGUUUUCAUUAAAUCAGAUUCAAAACCA